GAGUCACAACUGGCUGUCAAACGAAUUUUGCCGAAGAAUCACUUAGAGAUUACAGACGAUAGAAAUUUUGCAGAAAAAUUAUUCAUUUUUCAGAUUUGUGCUUCUUUAAAUGAAAUUUGCUCAAACCAUCGUAAAAGGCCGAAAAUUUAUCAGUUUAAUUCGUUCGAUACAGAAGGAAUCGAAAUUGAUUUAAACUAA